UUUGGCAAGUCUCGGUCACUGGUUGUGGGAAGUCCACAUUUCCCUUCUGCUUUGUCCUUGUGGGGAAGAGUUUGGAAGCCCUGGGGCCCAUUAAUUGGAGCUCAGAAGGAAGUUAUCAAAGUGGCGGAGUACCUGCAAACAGAGGCCAUCAUGGGUGAACAAGCAACCAAGAAGCGUGUUCUGAACGAACUUCCACAACUCACUGUGGUACAUAUUGCAACGUAUGGUAGCUGGGAAGAAGGUGUUUUGCUCUUUACUCCACAUCCCCCUCCAGCUGCCGGUGAACUGGUGGAUGAGCGAUCCUACUUACUGACCAUUCCUGAGAUCCUGGAAUUGAAACUGAAGGCCAAGGUUGUGGUGCUGUCCAGCUGUGGAGAUGGAGGUACAAUCCAGGAUUCUGUGCCACCUUUGAUACUGCCCAGCGCCUUCCUCAGAGCAGGAGCCUCGUCAGUGCUGAUGCAGAUUAAGUCUGUUCCCCAGCAGGCUUCUCUCACCUUCUAUCACCACUUCUACGUUGCUCUGUGGUACGGCUCAUUGGUCAGUUACGCUGUGGAGUACGCAAAGCACCAGAUGCAGAACGAUGCCAGGUUCGGCCGAUACUGGUGCAGCUUUGUGCUGCUUGGACUGGACACAUUUGUCAGUCUGCAGGACAUCAAGCAUGACAUGUUACAGCAGGCCAUGGAGAAUGCUGAGCAGGAGGUGGCUGAACGGGACAAGAAGGACUGGCUGAAUCCUGCACCCUACGCCCCGCCAGUUCCAGAUCGAGAGGACCUUCUUUUACAGAUACAGAAGAGUAUUGAAGAACUGCUCGUGAACCAGGGCUCCAUGUCAGCCGUGUUGAAACUGCUGCACAUGCUGAUGAGCGAGGCAUGCAGGAGGCUCUCGGACACCAAUGCAGAUCACUGCACAGUGAAGCUGACUGCAAAUAUCAUCAACAUCCCGGGAGUGUACUCCAUGCUGAAGCUGUUGGGCUUUCACUUCCAGUCCUUGGUGCCUUACCCACCCAAAGUGGACGCCCGCCACCUGUGGCUGGCCAGGGGCAAGGCCAAUCGUGGCAGUGUGGAGAAGAAUUCCAUGCCCACCUUCUCCCACGCUCACCCUGUGGCUGCCCUCUUCCCACACUGGAACCCAGACAAACUCCUUGGAGUUGCCCAGCAAGUGGUUGCUGCUCUCAUUGAUCUCAGCGCCUGCAGUCAGUGUGUUAAUGCCUUGAUCUGGAUCCUUCCCUUGACCUGUGACAUCUUAGAGCAGCUCAUUACUUUGUUGGAGAAGUCCCAGUCACCUCCCGCCAUGUGCCCUCGGCUGACGGAGAAAGCAGUGGCUUCACUUUGGAACCAGCCCCACCUCAGAGAUUUCCUGCAGGUCAUUGGAUAUGAACAGGCUGGAUUGUUCUUGCUACACAACCCUCGUGCUCAGAACAAGUCACUGCAAGUGGGGAGCCUCAACCUAUUUCUAGCCCUACACCCUCAGUCUCCACAAAGACAACGUCAGCUGGACCCUGGGCAUUGCUCUUCAACUGAGGUGAGAGAGCAACAGUCCACACAGGAGCCUCAGGAAACCGUAGGACGGAGAGAGGGUCAGUCCACACAAAGUCCCCAGCAAGCGGCAGAACAAGGAGAGGAGUUGAGCCCACAGGAUGGUCAGGAAACUCUGCCAUUGACCAGUGGACAAAUGGAGCAGAGUCGCGUGGAAGGUUUGCCAUUCACAGACGAGCUGUCCGUUCCCAGAUCCCAGGAGAGUUUAACACCAGGGGAGAAGCAAUCCAGUCAGGAGCCUCAGGAGCCAUUGACAUGCAGGGUUUCAGGCAACAAAGGCGGACCAGGUUCCCAGGACACGCAUGUGGACAAGAGCAGGAAAAUCAGACAAGGUCCACAGGGAAUCUCAGGAAACAACACGAGAGGCAAGAAAACUAAACAGUUUCCUGGGGAAAUGGCUGCAAGAAAAAAUGUGAAAAACAGACACCGUGCUUCAGAAACAUCACUGGCAAGUGAUACACUGUCCAAACAAGAUGCUCAUGGAUUGGCCACAGACAUUGAGAGGACAGCGGCAGCAACCUCCAAAGUCUGUCUAAAUACUCUGAAGCCGUUGCUGGUACUAAGACAUCAGGUGAUGAUGCAGGCUCCAUGGCUCUCUGUCAGAGCCACCUCAGAUGAGGUGCAGGUGAAGCGUGGCCUGGUGAACAGGUUGGCCUCUCUACAUUCUCAGCAGCAAGCCCACAUACGGGACAUGGAGUUCUGGCACAAGAAAACUCUGAAAAACCUGGAGCAAAAACCAGAGAGAAGUGAACCGGCAACACAGGCCUGCUGUCCGAAGGUGAAGGUGAGAGGGCCCCGGACCCCCAGCUCCAACCGCACGCCCCUAGACCUGCCCAAGCCAGUCCCACACAACGUUGCUGAAAACCUGGCCCUGCGUCGCACCGCACACAAGAUCCUCACGGAGCAGGAUGAGACCAUUCGGCAGAGGCACAGAGCUGAGGUCAACGACCUGUUCCUGCCCUUUAUUGACCCAGUGCCUGACACAGCAUGACUGAGUGCUGGCACCCAUCACUACAGCUUCAUGCUCGCUCUUCCUCAAUGUUAUCUUGAAGCAAGGAAGCUAUCCAAAUAUACACACCUUCAUUUAAUAAGUACCUAUUGAAAUGAGAAUCCAGCAUGAUGUGACUAUUUGAAUAAAUUCAUGCCCAUUCCCCAAACGGGAGCAGCAGAUAGAUGCCUCUGUGAUGAGUAGAGGGGUGGGGAA